AUCGAAGUGAAUUUGCAAACUUUGGUAAUUUUCACACACAAUCGACCCCCAGAUCUAGGUCUGAGAAACCUACGUUAUGGAAUCAGCAUCAGCUAUUAGUAGACAUAAUCGUUUUUUAACGCUGUUACGCCUGUAUGCGAAAAUAAGACAUUUUGGUAUGGAUUAUCACCAGAAACGUCUUUUUUUAUCAAUUAUGGUAUCUAAAACACCAGGCACAACGACGAAGUGAUGAAAGCUACUUUGAUUUAUCGGUACGACGACGAUGGUGGGUUCGUCCGAUAAAUCAGCGUCGGGGAAUAAUUAAGGAGAUGAUGAACAUCUCAUUAAUGAGAUGCGGUUUCUGGACAUUGAUUUACAUUUCAAGUAUUGCCGUAUGACAGUCGACAUCUUCGAUAAAUUAUUUAGAAUUGUUGGACCUUCUUUACAAAAAACAAACUAAUUUUAGAGAACCUAUUUGUCCUCGCACAAAGUUAUACUUGACAUUAAGAUACUUAGCCACAGGAGAUAAAAUGGCCUCUAUUGCUUUCACAUUUCGCAUAGGACGUAGCACUGUUUCAACAAUUAUCGCUGACACAUGUGAGUACUUAUGGCAAGCGCUGAAAAAUGAAAUGUUUAUACCGUCAGAAGAUAAUUGGAAGGAAAUUACGAAAGAGUUCUAUACACACUGGAACUUUCCACAUUAUAGGUGCUGUAGACGGGAAGCACGUUGUUGUGAAGGAAGUCACAGCAUAAAUUUAAUGGCCGUGGCUUCAGCAUUAUAUCGAUUUCUUCUUGUCGACAUUGGAGCUGAAGGUCGUCAUAGUGGAGUAUUCAAGAAUUCUCUCAUGGGACAACUAUUUGCUGAUUACAAACUUUAUCUACCUCUACCUUCCCUGAUAGUCGAGAACGGAGAUCCAAUGCCAUAUGUAUUGGUAGCAGAUGAGGCGUUUCAGCUGACCAAUUAUACAAUGAGACCAUAUCCAGGAAAAAUACUUACUUAUGACCGAAGAAUUUUUAAUUAUCGGUUAAGUCGAGCUCGGAGAGUUGUUGAAAAUACCUUCGGUAUAAAGGCCAGGUUUUGCUGACUCGGUACAGACAGAUGGAACAAUAAAUUCUGGUGAAUGACGCUAAGAAAUACGAGAAGGACUCCAGUUGAUAAAAGGAAGAAGAAGUUGAUAGUAGGAAGUAAUACUCAUUCUCGAAAUGCAGCAAUUGUGAGAGAGAGCUUCAAAAAUUAUUUUCUCGAUAUUGAAGCUGUUC